AUGUUUGCCCUAAGGGGGUUGUCCCAGGCCCGGCAGGUGGCCAGGGUGCCGAGACAGGCCGCGGUCUUUCAGCAGAAGCGUGGCAUGGCCGGAGGAGAGGAUGAGGAUGACAGCAUGUUCGUCAACUGGUGGGACAACCCCACCAACCCCGACGUGUGGCACAAGCACCAGGCGAGUCCUAUCGAGCUGCACAAGCUCGGGGCUGGUGGGCUGGCCUGGUGGGGCGUCGCCUUCUGGGGUGCCAUCUUCUACACCGCCUUCGGUGGCAAGAAGAAGGAGAAAGUUCCCGCUGCUGAGGAGGUUGCCAAGGCCUGA